AUGGCCGCCGACGAUCGACCAGCCGUUCAGCUGGCCCAACCACUGUUUGAAGAUUUCGAUGAUCGUGUUGUUUUUGACGCGACGAGACAAUGGGCAGCCGCCGAGAGUUGUCAGAAUUUUGUGCUGGAGUUUGGUCCCAAAAGAGCGCGAAUCGCAAGGGAUCUGGAUACUGCGCGCUUUCAGGACUUACUUGAUCACCAUGACUAUGAGAGGGAUACGGAACACCCUAUCCGAUGGAUCAACAUAUGGGAUACAAGUAAGCAAAGAGACAUCGUGGAACUGCUUGGUCAGCGGUAUCGUUUGUCGCCGAGAUUGAUCUCCCUGAUGAAGUAUGCUACCGAUAUGAAGGACAAAGCCGCGCAGCUUGGUAAGGAGAAGAAAACCGCAAAUGCUAGCCCCAAGGUCGUGUCAAUCAAGCAAAGUGAUGCCGAAAAGGCAUUCAUGCAAACUGACCAGUCGUCGGGUUCAACACAACCGGGGAAAGGACCGCCGGUUCAAAAGGCCGUUCCAUUGGAUGGGGAGGAGAUUGAGCUCUAUCUAUUGCUGAAGGACACGGUGAAUUACUCUUCGUUGGAUCAUACCGAGAAAGCUCUUUGUAUUGGCGCUCACUGGUUACAUAAACGGCCAGCGAAGCCUGAAGAGCAGCCUGAGGCAAACAAGAAACACCUGCCAUUAAAGCCCGGGCAGCAAAAUGAAGCAACGAAGAAGUUCAUGCCCCCGCAACACUGGCUCUGGCUGACUCUCUGUGAUGACCACACUGUCAUUACAUUUCACGAAAACCCUACCAUUGAACCGUUGCCGUCAAAAGGAUGGAAUAUUGACGAGUGGAGAUCGGCGCAAAUAAAGAGCAUGCGAGAAAACUCGCUCAAUGUGCUGAUACAGCAAUCUAAGCAUGGAAUAGACCUGUUCAAGCACAGGCCCCUGUCCCAAAGCUCCAUUCGUGAAGUUUUGAAGCAGGCGCAGGACCGCAAAGACUCUGGCCGACCUGUUGAGUUGAGCAGAGUACACUCUGAUAUGCCGCUGCUUGAGAGCGACCCAGGCACCACUAUCGAGGCGGAAGGGACCAGCCGGCUCUUCUUCUACCUUUUUGAGGAUUACGCAGCGGCUGAACCACUUAGGGAUGCCAAGAUGAUCAUGGAGGAGAUGACCCCAAAAGUACUUCAUAGCGCUGACCGCCAAAGUCGAGUCAAAAGCCGAGACAUCAUACCCCGACUGCAUAUAUUAAGCAAGGACCUUCGAACAUUAAGGCACUUGUUUGAGAAUUACAAGACAGUCAUCACGAAAGUCAUGAUGGCGGCAAAACAUAAACGACCAGAUGCGCCGCCCUACGACGCGCGUGCCUCCUUGAUACUGCGUUCUGGUACCGACUUGUCCGAAACACCUCGCGGCAGCAGUUCAGUAUACCUGACAGAUUCUGUCAUGCAACGCUUCGAUCGCCUUCGCGACCAACUGCAGGGCGUGAUGCUCAACACCAUUGAAGGCCACCUAGAGGAGAUAUCGGCACUUACGCAAACAUAUUUCAAUCUUACACAGCAGAAGGACUCGGCAGCGACGGCUAGACUGACGAGGAGCGCAACGCUGCUCGCCAAGCUCAGCGUCUUCUUUCUACCCAUUAGCUUUGUGACGAGCUACUUCUCCGUCCAAAUUGAGGACCUGUACAUUUACUGGCACAAGGAGACGUACUGGUAUACCUUUGCAGUCGUCAUCACCAUCUCCUUCCUGUGUCUCUCCUUCUUCGGCAGGCUGCUCAUGUUCUUCAGCGACGUGAUGGACGACUGGUCCGCCGUCAUAUCCAUGUGGUUCCGCAGGGCCUUGAAGCCUUUAGGUUGUUCAACCGACGACGAUGAGGAUGAGUGA